AUGGAUUCCUCGCAACAGCAGCAAGAAGCCCCGGGCUCCCUGAGCUGGCGAUUGAGCUCGCAUCCCAUCACUCUGUUGACCUUUCUGUCGUUUCGGAUAUCAAGCGUUCUCGUGUACUUCCUGGGACUGUGGAUCAUCAGAAGCAUUCGCUCCAAUAGGAUCAUGAUUUUCAUCAUCACCAUCCUUCUCCUCGCCGCCGACUUUUACUAUCUCAAGAACAUCGCCGGCCGCCGACUCGUAGGACUUCGGUGGUGGAACGAGGUGGACGCGCAGACGGGCGACUCGCAGUGGGUCUUUGAGAGCAGCGAGCCGGGGACCAAGACGAUCAACCCGACCGACAGCCGCUUCUUCUGGCUUGCUCUUUACACUCAGCCAAUCCUCUGGGUACUUCUCGCCAUCUUCGCGCUCGUACGGUUGCAAUUCCUGUGGUUGCCGCUUGUUGUCAUCGCCUUGGUUCUAACUAUCAUGAACGCCAUGGCCUUCUCGAGGUGCGAUAAGUUCAGUCACGCCUCCAACAUGGCCGGAAGCGCCCUCUACUCUGGUGGCCUGGCAGGCAGUAUCGCGAGUAACAUGGUAGGUCGGUUGUUUAACCGUGGCUGA